GCGCUACUAGCAGCUGUUGCUCGGCAUCCAGUUGCCGAUUUGAACUGAAGUAAACAAACGCUAUUAUGUCACUGCAAUGAGAGCAGCUUGGCGUUGUAACUUCGCUACAAUAUUAUAUUUUGAAUAUGGCUCCUAUCAGUGCAGCUGAUUUCUAUGUUAGCAGUGACGAUGAUGAAUUACCGACCCUAGACAACCUUCUGACUUGCUCUCCGAAUCACACGCAGCCCAAAUAUUCGCAGCCAAGGUUAAUAUCCAGCCUUGAGAAGAGCAGUGUAAUUAUAACCAAGUCAGCAGAGCGGCUCAACGAUUUGGAGGUACAAACACCCGAAAUUAUCGACUUAAUAUCCGACUCAGAAGACACAACACCUAAACGCGCCAUCCCAACCUUUACUAGAAAAGCGAUACGGAAGAAAUGGGAGUCAUCCCUUGAUCACGCCGAUGAUGGUAUCUUUGACGAGGAGACAGCGCCUCAGCCCAGAAGCAGCUUUAUACACCCUCAGAAAUCUGGAAAGAGAGAAAAUGGCCUUCAGUCACGUCUCAAGCAGAAACAUGGCGACAAUCUAGCUUCGGGAAAGGAGUCGACAGAAUCAGUAAGAGGUUUUCGAGGGCCUUCAAAACUGCCUGACGAAACUCCCUUUACCAACAAAUCUGGAUCGAAAACUCGACUCUUGAACUCUGAUUAUUCGGCAUUGAGAUUACGUCGAUCUCAUUUUCUCACAAACGAAGGGUUGUCUGACGAUAAUCAAGAAGAACCGUUAACACAACACCCUCGUAACCGAUCUGUGCGCCCUCUCCAGACCGUGGGGCCGAACUCUCAGCGACAAUCUUCUGAGAACAAGGGUCGUCAAAAUAUAAUUCAUCCCUUUUCACACCUUCAACUGGAUCUUGAAGAAUCGCUAGAAAGAGACACGUUACGAAAUCUUCCUAUCAUCUCUCCUAGAAACGACAAACAGAAGGAUCCAAGAUCAGCCGAUGAAGCGCUUCACAUCAGGAUUUCGCGAGAGCUAGAAUUCGAUAAUGCUCGGGAUCUUGAGUCUGACGACGACCAGUAUGAGCCGCAUAUUCCUCGUAAACCCACCCCCACCCAGUCUAAAGUUCCAAAAACGAGCUCUCCGAAAAAGCAAACCAAAAAGUCGUUUGAUGCGAAAAAAGGUCAGCUGGCGACAGAUUUUCUCCGGCAACUUGACACCCAAAUCACGGAUGGCAAAAUUGGAGAAUUGACUGAGACAACUGGAGGAGUCAAGAUUGUGUGGAGCAAGACUCUCAAGACAACAGCUGGCCGAGCAAGCUGGAAGCGAGAGACGGUGAGCUCUAAGCAAACAAAGGACGGCGUUGGUGUGGAGGUGAAACAGUAUCGACACCAUUCAUCGAUUGAGCUUGCCGAGAAGGUUAUCGAUGACGAGCAGCGCUUGCUUAAUGUCUUAGCGCAUGAAUUUUGCCAUUUGGCCAACUUCAUGAUCAAUGGUAUCAAAGAUAACCCUCAUGGGAAAGAGUUCAAGGUCUGGGCGGCAAAGUGUUCCAAACUAUUUGGCUCACAGGGCAUCAAGGUUACCACCAAACAUACGUAUGAAAUUGACUUCAAAUAUGUAUGGGCUUGCACAGCAUGCAGCUGUGAGUAUAAGCGCCACUCCAAGAGCAUUGACCCCAAGAGACAUCGAUGUGGCAGUUGCAAAGCUCUACUUGAGCAGACAAAACCAGCACCGCGGCAAGGUUCGACCGCUGGUAAAUUGAGUGACUACCAGCUGUUUGUUAAAGAACAAAUGAAGAUCGUUCGAAUCGAGAACCCAGACAGCCAGCAGAAGGACGUUAUGAAGAUAAUUGCAGAUAAAUGGGCCAAAAGUAAAAACUAGCAGGACGAAAAGAAUAGCAUCGUAUACGCCACCAUAUGUUUUUUGAGACAAAGAUAAAGUCACUGGAUAAACUGGAUAUUAAUAUAUCGAUAGAUCUUUCUACUGAAAUAAUAA